AUGGAUGAGUUUUGGCAAUUCCCUUGCUGUCGGGCAGCAAUAGACGGCUGUCAUAUUCCCAUUAAGUGCCCUCCUGGUGGACUAGAAGCCUGCAAGGAGUAUCAUAACUUUAAAAACUUUUAUUCCAUAGUACUAAUGGGGCUGGUAGAUUCCCAUUGCAGGUAUAUAUUACAUGCUGUAAUUUUUCGUUUAGCGGACCUCUGGAACUCGAUCAAAGAAGGUUUUAUUCCAAUGAUUGGCAAAACUGUGAGGGAUGUUACUGUCCCGCCUCUCAUUGUUGGAGACUCCGCAUUUCCCCUUUGUUCUUGGCUACUGAAACCAUAUACCAAUGCUGUAUUGACACCUCAGCAGCAUUACUUCAAGUAUCGCUUGUCUAGAGCGCGCAUGGUCACACAAGCUGCAUAUGGUCAACUUAAGGGGAGGUGGAGGGUCCUAUUCAGGAAAAAUGAAAGCAGCCGAGAUCAAGCCCGCAUAACCACUUUACCAUGCAUGGUGCUUCACAAUACUUGUAUUAUGCAGGGAAAUGCCAUCUCGAGGAAGCUUGAUUUGUCUCUUGAUGAAAGUGGUGGAAAGAGGAACAGGGACGAAUUGAGAAAGUUGCUGCAGAUGAGAGACUGUCUAAGCAUAAGGGAUGCUUCUCGGGAGGCAGCCAGAAUCAGAGAUGCACUCUGUGAGAAAUUAUGGCUAGAGAAGCAAACGGGGAAAGUUUCCUAA